AAAUGGAAAGACAGUAAGGAGAGCAGAACAAACAGGAGGAGACUCACUCAUGGACUAUGAGACCAAGGAUCAUGAGACUCAAUACUGCUUUCCUGCCGUCAACUCAUCAUGUAUCAAGGAAAAACGCUCCAAUCAUGAAUACAAUAUCAUGUACGUGUUUUUUUCAUUGCUGUCAGCAUGGACUGUGUUUCUGAAUCUACUGGUGAUCAUCUCCAUCUCUCACUUCAAGAAGCUUCACACUCCAACAAACCUGCUCAUUCUCUCUCUGGCUGUGGCUGACCUGUUUAUUGGAGUUAUUGUGAUGCCCGUGCAUGCCAUAAAUCUAAUUGAGACGUGCUGGUACUUCGGACACACUUUCUGUAGAUUGUUUUUAAUUAUCAUGGGACUGCUUCUCUCUACAUCUCUCAGUAAUUUAGUCUUGAUUGCUAUUGAUCGUUAUGUUGCUGUGUGUCACCCUUUACUGUACCCCAAGAAAAUAACAACAACAAAAACUUUAAUAAGCAUUUGUCUCUGUUGGUUUUGCUCCUCCGCUUACAAUUUUGUUUGUCUGAGCUACGGAUCUGUUGACACGUCACAAAGAUCAGAUGUGUGUUAUGGAGAGUGUCCUUUUAUACUGAGUUUUGCUAUGGGAGUUACUGAUCUGUUCAUUUCUUUCUUGUUUCCUUGUACCCUGAUCAUAACUUUAUAUUUGAGGAUAUUUUAUGUUGUACAUCAGCAAGUGAAAGUUAUAAAUACUCUAAUGAAAGGUGGUAAAAGUGAAAUGGAAGGUUCAGUGAGGAGGAAAUCUGAGAACAAAGCUGCUCUGACAUUAGGAAUCCUUGUGACAGCUUAUCUGCUUUGCUGGAUUCCAUAUUAUAUAUUCUAUUUAACAGAAACCAAAGUCUCCUCUGCCACAUCAAAUUUUCUGACAUGGUGCUUGUAUAUAAAUUCAUGUCUAAAUCCUCUAAUCUAUGCUUUAUUUUACCCCUGGUUUAGAACAUCGGUUAAAUAUAUUUUAACUCUACAAAUAUUUAAACCAGCAUCCUCUCUGUUUAAUGUCUUGACUGAUCAUCACUCAUGA